UUCACAGCGGCUGAGAUGAGGUCUGAAGACUUCCACCCACCCCCUUCUCCCUGUGUUCUGACCCGGACCCGACGACAGACAGUCAGCUCUCAACUUUCGGCGCUGAGGGGCGAGGUGGUCUGCAAGCUGCACGCAACGAUGAUCCCCAAGAUCGGCCUGUGCUCCCAGUCCCUGCGGAACAGACGAGUUUUCUCCAGAGCUUUGGCGGUUUUACACGCACCGUGGAGCCGUCAGACCGGAUUACCUGCAGCAAGUCGUGGCAUUCACGUGGACUCUCCGCCCACCAUCCCGACUCUCACCACCAGCUAUGCCCACGGCACGUCUUCCACAACGUUACUCCACUCUACAGUGGGAGAGACCCUGCAGAGGGUUGUGGAGCGCUUUCCUGACAGAGAGGCCAUGGCCUUUCUAGAACAAGGAGUUCGCAAGACCUUUGCACAGUUUCAGGAGGAUGUAGACAAAGCUUCAGCCGGGCUUCUGGCACUCGGACUGACGAAAGGAGACAGGCUCGGCAUGUGGGGACCCAACACUUACGAAUGGAUCCUGUUCCAGUUUGCCACAGCCAAAGCUGGUAUUAUACUUGUUUCUGUGAAUCCAGCGUACCAACUGCAGGAGGCCGAGUAUGCGUUGCGAAAGGUGGGAUGUAAGGCCAUAGUCUGCCAUUCGCAGUUUAAGACUCAGAGGUACUGCGACAUGCUGAGACAGAUUUGUCCAGAGAUCGAGUCGUCCAGCCCAGGAGGCAUCAAGAGUGCCAGACUGCCAGACCUCCGCUCUGUGAUAGUUCUGGAUAGUCGCCAACCAGGAAUGUUCCAUUUUGAUGACGUGAUGCAGGCAGGCAGCAGCCAGUACGUCCAGCAGCUUCACGAUCUGCAGAAGAAACUCUCCUUUGACGACCCAAUAAACAUCCAGUUCACUUCGGGCACGACGGGGGCUCCAAAGGGUGCUACCUUGUCUCAUUUCAACAUCGUCAACAAUGCCUACACUGUAGGCAAAAGAGUGGGAUUCAUCUGGAGGCCCCACACCCGUGUGUGUCUACCUGUGCCGCUGUACCACUGCUUCGGAUCUGUGGGUGGUGGGAUGUGUAUGGCCGUGCACGGCAUCUCCCUGGUGUUUCCCUCUGCGGGGUACGACGGAAAGGCCAACCUGGCAGCUAUGGAGAGUCAAAGGUGCACGUUCGUCUACGGCACCCCCACCAUGUAUGUUGAUAUGAUCAACCAACCGGACCUGGCUAAAUAUGACCUGUCAUCAGUUCAUACAGGCAUCAUGGCCGGUUCUCCUUGUCCUCCAGAAGUUGUGAAGCAGGUCAUUUCCGUGAUGGGCAUCAAGGGAAUCACAAUUGGAUACGGAACCACAGAGAACAGCCCUGUGACCUUCUGCGCUAAUCCGGGAGACAACUUGGAGAGGAAGUCGGAGACAGUGGGCUUCAUCAUGGACCACUUGGAGGCUAAGAUAGUGAACCCUAGCACAGGACAGCUGCUUCCUCUGGGGGAGAUGGGGGAGAUUAUGAUCCGAGGCUACUGUGUGAUGCUGGGGUACUGGGCGGAUCCGGACAAAACAAACGAGUGCAUCACUGAAAGCGGCUGGUACAAAACUGGAGACAUCGGCAGCAUGGACGCGUACGGCUACUGCAAGAUCGAUGGCAGGAUUAAAGACAUGAUCAUCAGAGGAGGAGAGAACAUUUACCCAGCUGAGAUCGAACAGUUCCUCCACACACACCCCAAAAUCAAGGAGGCACAGGUGGUCGGAGUUCAGGAUGCUCGUAUGGGUGAAGAGGUCUGCGCCUGCAUCAAGCUGGUGGACGGACAGGAGUGCACUGCAGAAGAAAUCAAAGCUUACUGCAAGGGCCAGAUUUCUCACUUCAAGAUCCCUCGUUACGUACUUUUUGUCACCAGCUACCCGCUCACCAUCACUGGAAAGAUCCAAAAGCACAAACUACGCAUUGAGGCUGAGAAGCUGCUGGGACUGGAGAAGGGAAAAUGAGACGGCUUCUCACUUUGUGCACAAAGAGAAUUCAGACUGUAUAUCAUGCAUCAGAAAUGCUGACUGGCAGUUCACAUCCACCAUCGGAACAUCUUAAAAACGUCUUAAGAAAUGCUAACAGAUGGAUGAAGAUGUGUAGCCUCCUGUAACCAAAUGUUAAAGGGCUCAGUGCAGUCAUGUUAUGUAUUCUUGUUACCGUCAACAAAUCAAACCAAAAUGAAUUAAUAAAACAAUAUAUAUAUAUAUUAUUAUCCAAAAACACUAAA